AGUUAGGAAAGUGCAAUUAAACACAUAUUAACAAUACACACUUAACAUAUCUUUUUUCAUAAAUUAUAUAUUUUGAGUUUACGCUAUCCUCGUAACGCUAAUUUUCACCAAUGAGGAAGUAUAAUCCAUUGUUCGCCAAAUUGAUUUCUCCUUGAUUUUUUAGUUCGUUGGUAAUGGAUAUCCAUUUGGUGUAAAAUAAAUUUAAAUAACAAUGCCCAAUUUUCUGGGUUUAGUAGCUCGUGGAAUCUGCUUCAGUCAGCAUGAAGUUUCGGGAGUGUAAUGUUGUACUCAUAUUCUUCCUUAUGGUGUUGAUAUGGUCGGAGUCAGCGUUGGGACAAACUACUGAACCAGAAUACGAAUAUGAGUACUAUUACGACGACGAAACCACGGUAGCGAGCGUAUCAGCCACGCCUGCAACAACUACCACAACCACGACUACUACAACCACAAGAAGACCAACAACUACCAAACGAAAUGGGAACCUCAUUUCAACCACCAGGCGAAGGAUGUCGCAAAAAUAUCAAUAUAUGCGACCAGACGUAGUCGUAAACAUAAUUUCGGACAUGUAUGGUCUCAGCGGCAUGCAAGUUAAUGGAAGACAGCUAGGAUUUGGAAGUCAACGAUAUCUAGGAAGUUCUGGAUACAGGCGGUAUUCAAAUCGGUACUCUUCUCGGUACGGAAGACCAAUUGACUAUUGGUACACGUUACGCUCAGACCCUUACGUAUCUACACAACAACGGAGGCAGCGUGGCAUGACGGAUUACAGUGGCGACUAUUACUCGGAUGAUAAUGAUUAUUAUUACGAUUUACUAUCCUCUUCACCAAGAAACCGAGCCGAUGCACAACGGAGGGGGUCAAAUCGGGCGAUAUACAAUUUCAUGCUGAGUGCACUGAACAGAAGAAGGAAUUAGAAAUAACAUUUUCAUGGAAAAUAGAAACAAGGUUUUUAAAUAUUUUGUCAUGUUUUUACGCUUUCUAUACGAAAUUUAAU